GUGCUGCUGUGAAGAAUGAGUCAUAGAACAAAUGAGCUUUAAAGCAUCAGCUCACUGAAGCCUCCCGCUCUAGAGGCACUGACACAGCAAUGUGCCAGUGGGAACAGCACAGUAUGCAGCAGAAAAUCAAAUGACCUCUAAAGACAUUAUAGCUCUGAUGGUGUGCGGUUCAUUAUCAUGCUGCUGCAUGAGGCUGAAGCUUCUGAUUCCGAGGUUGAGGGGAAAAUUAAGGGAAAUGUAAAUACUGACAUUUAGCCACCGAUUCUUCAGUUUUGUAACAAUUAUUAAAGUAUGUCUUUAUUCUGUAUUAAACCCAUUUUCAGGGUUUAAAAUGCCAGCAAGCAAAAUUAAUUUGAUUAAUUAGAAAGCAAAAUUAAAGUAAUUCUAAAUACACACACACUCAAAUUGGGUUUCUCCCUCAUUCACAACUUUUUAAUGAUCUAAUCUCUAUGACAUUGAAAUGUACAUACAAAAACAGGCUGAUAGAUGCACAAAAAAGUAGCAUAGAUGGAUGGAAGGAGGAGGGAGGAGGGAGGGGGGGUUACAGCGAAUCAGCGGAGCAGACACUGCAGAGCUCAGGCUGGCUGUCACCUCCCCUCCGUCGAGCUGUCAGUUGACAUGAACCUCCAUGCCGCACACGGAUUUGAUCACCAGUUCAUCCUGCGUCUAAAUAUUUGCUCCGCGGCGUUUCAAACGGGACAACACCAUGACAGCAUACACCCCUGUUACCUCCAGGGACUGAGCACAGACGCGUAGGAGGAGGGCUGAGCCGCUCGCUGGUAUUAACACAUAGUUAGCUCACAGGCUAACAGCGGCUAGCAGGUGACCGGAGCCCGGUGCUGCUUUGUGCCGUCAGUCAGCUGCGAAGGUCGGACUCACGUUAGCUGGUAGUCAGAGGGGUUAGUUAGCCACUCAGCACCACUAAUGUGUUAUUUUAAUAAUUCAUUGGCAGAAGCUGUGUGACAUUUUCGUUACCAGUCGUCGCGUUGUUUCCCCACGUUUCCUGUUUUAUUGCGUUUAUUAUUAUUAUUUUAAUUUUUUUUUUUGUAAAAGAAAAUAUAUCGUUGAUGUUUGCUUGCUAGCUAGCAAGUUGGCUCUUUUGCUAACGUUAUGCUAACGCCAGCUCAGUGAGACUUCGCAUCGCAGGGGAGCUCCAGACGAGUCGAGGAAGGAAGAGAGGUGGCUUAUGAUGUGGGCAGAGGGAAGUGGCGGACUGUUAGGCGAAGGAGAGCAGCAGUAUUAGCUUUAAACACAUCGCAUUUUCCUCAUAUUUGUCCUUGUCGAGGGAGGGCCAUCGCGUCAGCCAAGCUGUGUGGGACGUUGGAUGAAGAAAAUAAUAAUUGGGGCACUUUGACUUGCGAGCUGGCUAAAUGAAUAGUAUUGGUUUCAACUGAGUCGUGAGCUUGUGGCCAUUGUGCCAGCUUCAAGGGAAAACACUCCUGUCAAGAUUAUCGCACAGACUGCAAUAACCACCCAGUUUGCUUAAAGAUGGCUUCGGCAAGCAGUAUUGCCGCAUCUAUUGCGAGCAAAACGAAGACCAAGAAAAAACACUUCGUUGCUCAGAAAGUGAAGCUCUUCCGUGCCAGCGACCCUCUGCUCAGCGUGGUUAUGUGGGGAGUCAACCAUUCGAUAAAUGAGUUAAGCCAUGUUCAGAUUCCCAUCAUGCUCAUGCCAGACGACUUCAAGGCCUAUUCUAAGAUUAAAGUGGACAACCACCUCUUCAACAAAGAGAACAUGCCCAGCCAUUUCAAAUUCAAGGAGUACUGCCCUCUCGUGUUUCGAAACCUCAGAGAGAGAUUUGGCAUCGAUGAUCAGGAGUUCUUGAACUCUCUGACACGCAGUGCUCCCUUGAACAGUGAGGCCCAGGGACGGAGUGGGGCCCGCUUCCACACCUCGUAUGACAAACGCUAUGUUAUCAAGACCAUCAGCAGCGAAGAUGUGGCAGAGAUGCAUAACAUUCUAAAGAAGUACCAUCAGUUCAUUGUGGAGUGCCAUGGCAACACACUGUUGCCUCAGUUUCUGGGGAUGUACCGACUCACCGUGGAUGGAGAUGCAACUUACAUGAUUGUUACACGCAAUGUCUUCUCCCAUCGCCUUUCCGUCUUUAAAAAAUAUGAUCUCAAGGGUUCCACUGUGGCAAGAGAGGCCAGCGACAAGGAGAAGGCCAAGGAGCUGCCCACCUACAAGGACAAUGACUUCAUCAAUGACGGGCAGAAGAUCCACAUUGACGAUGAAAACAAGAAAAUGUUCCUGGAGAAGCUUAGGAAAGAUGUGGAGUUUCUGGCGCAGCUAAAGCUCAUGGACUACAGUCUGCUUGUGGGGAUCCACGACGUGGAGCGAGCAGAGCAGGAAGAAGUAGAGAGUGAGGACAAUGAGGCUGAAGAGGAAGGCGAGAGUGACGGAGGGGGCAUCGGGACACCCCCUGACAGUCCUAGCAACACCCUGGACAGCAGCAAGCCUCUGUCACCUGGAGAGUUUGAUCCCACCAUCGACGUCUACGCCAUCAAAAGCAAUGACAGUGCUCCCAGGAAGGAGGUUUACUUCAUGGCCGUCAUAGACAUCCUGCAGCAUUACGAUGCUAAGAAGAAAGCCGCCCACGCCGCCAAGACUGUCAAACACGGGGCCGGAGCAGAAAUCUCCACAGUGAACCCAGAGCAGUACUCCAAGAGGUUUUACGAUUUCAUCACCACUAUCCUGUCAUAGCCCCCAGGAACAACAGGAGGCACAGAGGCACAUGGGAAAGGGAGGGCAAGUGGGGAGCAGGGUGUUGAAGAUGACGGAGAGAGAGAGGGGGGGGGGGCCAUCGAGAGGCUGAAUUAAUAAGGUGCUGUGAUGGCUUUGUACCACUCUCCCUCAUCCGUUCUCCUCAUCCCUCGCUGUUUGUUCCUCUCUCUCUCUCUUUCAGCGGGGUGCCAUGCUCUGCAGCUAAAAACAAAACUAAAAAAAAAAAAAAAAACAUCAUUCGUUUACAUUUAACCUCUCCUCUGUUGAAGUGUGUUCAUGUGUUACUUUGGAUGAUAAGGGUGUUGAAAGCAAGUGUCCAAUUCAUUGCAUUUUUUUUUUUUUUUUUUUUUUUUUUUUUUUUUAAUAUGAUUUGUUUUUGUCUGUAUGGUUGUUAAUGUGGAAAUAUGGCUUUUUUUAUUGCCUCUAACACAAUAUACAACACCCUGCAUUGUUCAAGUUGAUGUUUGUGUAUGUCUUUCCAUAAUGAUGACCAGGGGGAGGUUGGGGAAGAUAUGUUGUGGUAUAAGCGUGAGGUCGGGCGGGGGGAGUACAGAGGUCAGAUGACGGCUGGGCAGGAUGUAAAGAGGAAGUUUAUGUUGAGCCUCGCCUAAUGCAAUUGCUUAAUGUCAGGGAGUAGGAAGCAGUCUUCCAAUAGGCCAACAGCCAGACCCCCUGCCACCCCUUACACCCUAACGCUAUACAAGUACUUAGCCAAACAAAUCUUCCCACUCUGGCUCCUCCUCCAUCACUCACCCUUUAGACCAUUCCCCCUCUUCUUCUUCUACUUCUUCUUCUUCUUCUUCAUGUUCUUCAUGUACAGUCAAAGGACUGAGCUUCUGGGUCAUCCUCUUGCCACACACUUCUCAUCAGUUGAGAUGAGUUCACUUGUCGCAGUAGAUUAUAACGCUUGUUUUCAGCACUGGUUGCACCUCAGUGUCUCGAUAAUCGCUUUUGUUGCGAUGCACAGCGAUAAAGAGUAAUUAAGGGAAGCAAGGAGAAGAAGAGGGAUUCGGGUGCACAGUUCCUCUUUCGUGUCAUUUACUUGCAUUGAUUCUGAAGAAUUUGGGCAUUGUUAUGUGUUCUGGUUUCUGUUCCUGUGGCAAGGAAUGACCUCAAAGUCUUGUGCGGCUGUAGUGAUUCAAAGUGAAAGUUACUCCUCAUUGUAUCUUCUGAGAUUGAAACAUCAGCAGCCCUUAACUUUCUGUUGCCAUCAGCACCUUAUGAGUAAAAUCAAAAACGUUGCACUUUUAUUUGUCGUUCGAGGUUAGGAGCUCUUGUUCUGUUACAUGCGCUGCAACAAAGAGGAAAAGGAGCUCGACUCUCUUAGAAUUGAAUUUUAGAUGCCUGAACUUAAAACCCGUCUCCUCCUUCACCUGUGAGCACUUACUUACAGAUCUGCAGGGAUUGGAUGGGAAGAAUUUACUGCAAUAUGUGAGCGGGAAAGCAGAUGAAUUCUGUUUUAUGGGGCGUUUGUAAACUAACCUUUUCCAGUCCUCUUUAGAAGUGCGCUGCGUUGGAGUUGUGGUGGAUUUUUUUAUGCAAGCAGUCAACAGUGUGAUCGUGCUUGUGCGUUCAGGGCAGACAGAAGACGGUUUACCUCCAGCAUCGUACCAGCACACACCCAAUGUUAGGUGUGUGUGUCAGUGUUCAAAAGUUGUUUUAAAAAAGGGGAGG